AUGUCGUCGGCCUCUUUCACGCAGACGAGAAACUCCGCCAUCAGUUUCGAGAACACCACGCAGCUGCUUUUGAGCCGGUUUUCGAAGCUCCAGCAGGUGGGCCACUCUGUGGAGCCUGAUGCCGAGGAGACCGGCUUGGUGGGCCAGAUCUCCGAUGUGCUUGCCAAGCGCGAGGACGUGGUGGCCCGAUUGGGCCGCAUCUGCGACUCGGACAUCAACAUCUCGACUUCCAAACUACAGCAGUUGCAGCGCCACAGAGAAAUCUUGGCUGCGGACCGCAGCUCGUUCUUGAAGAUCCAGGCGCGGAUCAACGACGAGCGCAACCGCAACAAUCUCUUGUUCCUGGUCCAGUCGGACAUCUCGGCGCACAAGCAGCGGAACGUCUCGCUGGCCGCGGAAAACGCCAACGAGUAUGCUUUGGACGAAGGCAGGCGAGUCGACGCGGCAAACUCUUUUGCAGAGAGGCUCUUGCAGCAGGCCUAUGAGACCAGGGACGAGCUCCUCAGCCAGCGGGCGUUUCUCCAGAACGCGCUGUCCCGAAUCCAGGGCACAAUUCUGACGAUUCCGGGGAUCAAUGUCUUGGUCUCGAGGAUCAACACGCGGCGAAAGAGAGAUACCAUGAUCAUGGCCACGGUGAUUACGCUAUGCAUUCUCGGUCUAUACUUUUCGUCGUAG